AUGGAUCCCGCAGUUCCCAUCAAACUCGACUAUACCCUGCGCGACCUCUACUCAGACAACAAUGAAGAUGACCUAAACAUGGUCCUUAUCUACUAUCCUCUGCAAUUCGGGUAUAAUCAUGAAAAAUCAUCGACAAAAUUUUCCUAUGGUUAUACAUUGCAAGAUGGCGAUGAAAAAGCAGCAUCCUCGUUUCAAAAUGCGGCGAACAUGGUGCCCCAGCGGUAUGCCUUCUCCGCCGGCAAGAUGCCGCUGGUUAUCCUGGAUUUUGACUCCAAAAACAACCGCAAAGAAGCGAAUCACAAAACAUGUCAAAUCAUAGACAAGUUACCCGCUCACCACGUUGAUAUCCAUCGGACCUUCGCCCAGUUAAUGUCCGACCAACAGCCGAAUUUGACUUUUGCGAGCAGCCCGGAAAGUAUAUAUUUAGACGCUGGAGGACAGAUUGCCGUCUUACUCCCUAUAGACUGUCUGUCGCAUCUGCCUCAUCUUGUUCAGCCGGAGAUCCAUUACGAGAUCCUGUCGAAACGUGGGCUUGCUAUAUCUGGCUUGGCGACACCCCCAUCCCAGGUGAUUGACACCUGUCUUAUCGACUCAGGGGACCCGAUUCUUUUGAAACAAGAGGUUACAAGGAUUGUGGACUCAAUUGGCCAGCGUCAACUCCCCUUUAUGGUCAAGCUUCCACAGUCCGUCUCUGGCAUGGGUACCUUUGCGAUCACCACGGAAGCUGAAAGGGAUCAAGUGAAGAAUAUCCUCACGGCGCAAUUAGGAGCAAUGUUACAGCAACUCAACAAAUGCAAUCAACACCUAUAUCCCUGUUCCUUGGUGCUUCAGGAUUUUAUUAAUGGGCCAGUGGUGGCACUGUCGCUCUUCGUCACAAAGAAGGGGCAGCCCCGCUUUAUUGCUUGCUGCAAGCAGAUCUUCGACGACCAGGGACAUUGGAUCGGCGGCUUAAUCUCGUACCGGCAGCAGACGGGACUUUGUGAGAGGUUUGCCGCCACUAUGGAGAAGGCGGCAGCUUUCUUGCAUAGCAAAGGAUAUCAUGGACCGGCUGGUGUGGACAUCAUCACUGAUGAACGAUCGGGGAAACAGUUGAUUGUUGACCUCAAUGUCCGGGUCACCGGUACGUUCCAUCUGGGCCCUCUCACGGGACACUUUACCCAGCGUAGGCUGUUUGAGGCCGCGAUGACUAUGGUCGACUUCUCUUGUUCUCGAGAUGAAUUCGAGAAAAAGUUUGCAGACGAGAUUCGCAAUGGUAGUCUGAUCGUGAGUGGCUGGGUCUAUGGCGAGUCAAGUCGUCUCAGCCAUGCUGCAAUCACUAUCGGUGCAGGAGACUCGCACGAUUUGGAAGAAUUUCUCGAACGCAUCAGAGCGGCUGGUUUGCACAAAUAG